AUGUGUUUUUCAGCGAAACUGUUUUGUGGGAGAAAAUUAGAAAGUUUUGAAGAUAGCUCAUUUUUGAAAAGAACGCCUAAAAUACAAUUUCCGGGCUUUAUCUUUCAAAUAGAACGUGAUGAUCCAUCACAGAUGCCUGAUAUUAUUGCCGUCGGUUUUCAAGAAAUUGAUACGAUCAAGGAAGAUGAAUGGGAAUAUUUAAUACGAAAACAAAUUCAAAAAUGUCUAAAACAAUCAGAUGAUAAAUAUGAACUGUUAAAUCGUGUGAGACUCGUGACAAUGAAGCUACACUACGGCGAUUUGAAUGAUAGUUCGUCACUAGUGAAAAUUAUUUCUGCUGUGAAACCAAAAGAAAUUUACAAUCUUGGUGCGCAAAGUCAUGUCAAAAUCUCAUUUGAUCUUAGUGAAUAUACAGCUGAUGUGGAUGCUGUUGGUACAUUAAGAAUUUUAGAUGCAAUACGUACGUGUGGUUUAGAAAAAGAAAUUCGGUUUUACCAAGCGUCCACGUCAGAAUUAUAUGGAAAAGUACAAGAAAUUCCACAAAGUGAAACAACACCCUUUUAUCCUCGUUCCCCGUAUGCUGCCGCUAAAUUAUAUGCAUACUGGAUAACAAUAAAUUAUCGUGAAGCUUAUAACAUGUACGCAGUUAAUGGAAUAUUAUUCAACCAUGAGAGUCCAAGACGAGGUUCUAAUUUCGUCACAAGAAAAAUUACACGGUCUGUAGCAAAAAUUCAUCUUGAUCAACAAGUAUCAGUCGAAUUGGGUAGUCUUGAUUCAAAACGUGAUUGGGGACAUGCGAAAGAUUAUGUAGAGGCAAUGUGGUUAAUGCUUCAGCAUGAUACACCGGAAGACUUCGUUAUUGCUACAGGAGAAACCCAUAGUGUAAGAGAAUUCGUUGAGGCAGCAUUUCAAGAAAUUGGCAAAGAUAUCGUUUGGGAAGGAGAAGGUGUCAAUGAAAUAGGAAAAGAAAAAGGAACAGAUAUUGUUCGUGUUAAAGUAAAUCCGAAAUAUUAUCGUCCAACUGAAGUUGAUUUAUUGCUUGGUAAUCCAAAAAAAGCGAAAGACAAGCUUGGUUGGACACCGAAAAUCACAUUUAAAGAAUUGGUAAAAGAAAUGAUAGCUGCUGAUAUUCGGUUAAUGAGAACAGAUCCUACUGCAUGA